GUCUUUUUGCCAAAACCCUAAGCCCCCACGCAUGCCCUUGUGGUGAAGAAGAAGAAGAAAGAGGAAGGAAAGUAAACUCAGUCAUCAUGCAAUCAAAGGGUAGUAGGCUUCUCUUUUAUUCUCUUUUGAAAUCUCUCUCUCAUUCACCUCAAUCUGCUAAUCAUCUUCCAUACAACCACCUGUCCACCUUAAUCUCUCUCUCCCAUCAUCAUCUUUUUCUUCCAGUUUUACCCUCCACCCAUUUUAGCACAAUCCCAAACAGACCCAUGAGAGGUGAAAAACCAGAUGAUCGAUCAUCCGAAGAUCUUCUCCGACGAUUCGAUCUCGAUGAUGGCGAUGAUGACGUCGAGAAUAUGAAAGGAACCCGCCCAAGGACUUCGACCCAAUUCUCCAACAGACCCAUGAGAGGAGAGACAAGAGACAAUCGAUUAGACGAUUUUUUCCUCAGAAAAUUCGAUCCCGGCAGCAGCGGCAUCGAUGAUGUGGGAAGGGCGAAAAAUACCCGCCAAGAUUUUCCCGCCCCAAUACCCAAAAGACCCAUGAGAGGAGAAAAUAGAGACGGGCCUCGUGAUCUUUUCACCCGAAAAUUCAAAAUUGGUGAUGAUGUUGCAGAUGAAAUUACGGAGAAAGCCCAGCAAAAUGCUCCGACCCAAAUGCCCAGCAGACCCAUGAAAGGAGAAAAGAGAGGGGAUCAGUCCGAUGAUCUUCUCUUCCAGAAAUUUGAGUAUGAUGGUGACAUUGACCGUGACAAGAUAUUGAAGAAAGCCCCCCAAAGCCCAUCGAGUGGAAUCUCUGAAACUGAAGCACCAGCCCCGGAUUCAUCGCCUCAUGAUCCGGAUGAAAUUUUUAAGAAAAUGAAGGAAACAGGCCUCAUCCCGAAUGCCGUUGCAAUGCUUGAUGGCCUCUGCAAAGACGGGUUGAUCCACGAAGCCAUGAAGCUUUUUGGGUUGAUGCGGGAAAAGGGUACGAUCCCAGAAGUUGUAAUUUACACCGCUGUAGUUGAAGGUUUCUGUCAGGCGUCGAGGUUCGAAGAUUCGAAGAGAAUUUUUCGGAAGAUGCAGAAUAACGGGAUUUCUCCAAACGCCUUCAGCUACAAGGUUUUGAUUCAGGGACUGUGUAAAGGGAGAAAAUUGGAGGAUGCGAUUGAAUUUUGCAUUGAGAUGUUGGAGGCUGGGCAUUCUCCAAAUGUGGUGACAUUUGUAGGUUUGAUUGACGGGUUUUGUAGAGAGAAGGGAGUGGAAGAAACGAAGGAUGUUAUUGGGAGAUUGAAAGAGAAGGGAUUUGCUAUUGACGAGAAGGCAGUUAGAGAGCAUUUAGACAGGAGAGGGCCAUUCUCGCCAUCGGUUUGGGAGGUUAUCUUCGGAAAUAAAAGCUCUCAGAAAUCGUUUUAGAUUCUCGCAAGCGUUGAGAUAUUUAAUAGCUUACCAGUGGAUUUAUGCAUAGAGGUUUGCCUUUUGAAAAUACAUCCCGAAGUAUUACAAUAAGAUAUGUCAGGACUCUAGCCAUGCAUUUGGGCCUCUUUUCAAUGACACAACUGUUUAUUUGAUAGGGCUCCUCUUGGGUUGGGGAUGCCCAAAAUUUUUCUCAUGUUGUAUAUUUCAACCUAUUGAUCAUACAUAGGUUAUGGUAAGUGUAUAUGUCCAAAUAGCCAAAUUAUAGAAGGGUUAAAAUACUUUUGAGAGCUUUUAUUUGUUGUCUUUCCACCAUACAAAGUGAGACCUGUCACAUAAAUGGUUUGGAUUUGGAAGAUGACCCAGAUUCAACAGCUGAACUCCUGUGUCAUAUUGCAAUACGUUGGCAUGUGUUCAAGCAAACCUCUUACAUUUAAUGGUUAUUGAGUAAAACUUUAUUAGAGCAGUUUUUGUAAACGUAAUAAUAAUAAUAAUUA